AGGCUUCCGCUCCCGCGUGACACACAGACGAAACAGCUUGAAGGACGUUUGGAAAGGCACCUCAAUGAGCGAAGAAAGUGAGGUCAGUUUACCGUUUCAUCGUUCCUAUCUAAACCGUCCAGAACAAACGGUUUACAUAGACGGUGUCCCAUCAGCUGAUCCCUACCGGUUUGAGAUAAAUCUAUUGACGACUGCAGACAGCAGCGGCAUUGCUCUCCGCAUCAGUAUUCAAUUUGAUAAAAACGCCGUCAUUUUCAACUCUACAUCUAAGGACGGUAUCUGGGGCAGCGAGGAAACGGCAGAAACAUUCCCAUUUCAAAGGGAAGAAGCUUUUUCUCUCACAAUUACAACGACUGAAAACUCCUAUGACGUUAAAGUGAAUGAAAGACAUCUAUAUUCGUUUAAUCUCCGAUUGAAAGCGGCUGUAAGGAGCAUUGGCAUCGAUCAACAGUCCAAAACUGCUUUUCCAUCAGUUCGGAUUACACAAGUGGCAGUGGAUGGUUCGUGGACCCUUUCUUCUUCACUUAACGGUACAACAGUGAUACUAACAAGCAGGGUGGCACCUAAGAGAAACAUAGCAGUAGGCAAAAAUGGUGUAACUGUUGGCACUACUACAAGCAAAGGCACAAAAGCUCGCUUCACAGCAACACAUACGAGUCUUGCAGUGUGCACCUUAAGAAACGUCAAAUUUCCAGAAAAAUUUCUGACAAUUCGUUAUGACACACUGAAGGCUGAUAAUGACAGCCCUUAUAAUAAGUUUCGCGUCAGAGAAACAAACUUUGGCUACUACACUUUUCAGUCUGACAUUUCUUUGACAAGCUUUAUCGGUGUUGACAGAUCAGGCCAGAUCAUACCACCUUCUAGGGUACGUGGUAUAGUAUCAAAUUUUCACGGCUCAUCCAAAGAUGAAGAAGACUCAUCUUCCAAAGAUGAAGAACAACCGGAAGAGACGUGUUAACACUUUAUAGUGAUGAGUGUAUGUGCGUGCAUGCGUGUAUGCGCGUGUGUGAAACUUUGCUUUCUGAUUUUGCUAAAACUUACAUUACACACACCACAAACGGUGUCUGUACGUAUGAGUAGCAAAUUCAUGAGCACGAGCAAGUGCAAAUAGAUUUAAAAUUUCAAGAAUGCUAAUUGGCUGUCGUUGCAAUUGCUAUAAUCAUUGCGAAUACUUCGCGUUGUUUGGUAUGGCGACAACAUUUUCAGAUGACAAAUUUUAAUCACUAAUUUCUGGAGUGAUGAACCAAGGAAUAAAUUUCACUGCAGUACAGUAACGUUAUUCAUACAGGGAAGCAGGGCCAUGUUGUUGCCAAAACAUAUAUUUUGUGACCAGGCUAAGGGAUCCCUCUG